CCUGCGCGGCAGCCCCGCCCCCUCCACGUCAGCCCGGACGCUGCGGUGGGAGCCGAGUCCGCCGCCUCGCCGUCGCCCCCGCCGCUGCCUCGCGGAGCCCCGGAGCAGGUUUCCUGGCAUUCACCCUCUUUAAAUCUCCUGGCCAGGGUUCAUUGUAACCAGGAAGCAUGACGGCUGCAGAGAACGUGUGCUACACGUUGAUUAACGUGCCAAUGGAUUCAGAGCCCCCGUCUGAAAUUAGCCUAAAAAAUGAUCUAGAAAAAGGAGAUGUGAAGUCAAAGACUGAAGCUCUGAAGAGAGUGAUCGUCAUGAUUCUGAAUGGUGAGAAGCUCCCCGGACUUCUGAUGACCAUCAUCCGGUUUGUACUGCCCCUUCAGGACCACACCGUCAAAAAGUUGUUGCUGGUGUUCUGGGAAAUCGUUCCCAAAACAACCCCUGAUGGGAGACUGUUACAUGAAAUGAUCCUUGUGUGUGAUGCGUAUAGAAAGGACCUUCAGCAUCCUAACGAAUUUAUCCGAGGAUCUACCCUUCGCUUCCUUUGCAAAUUGAAAGAAGCAGAGUUGCUGGAGCCUUUGAUGCCAGCUAUCCGCGCUUGUCUGGAGCACCGGCACAGCUACGUGCGGAGGAAUGCUGUCCUGGCCAUUUACACCAUCUACAGAAAUUUUGAACAUCUGAUACCUGAUGCUCCUGAACUGAUUCACGAUUUCUUGGUGAACGAGAAAGAUGCAAGUUGCAAAAGGAAUGCGUUUAUGAUGCUGAUUCACGCAGACCAGGAUCGAGCUCUGGAUUACUUAAGUACUUGCAUUGAUCAAGUCCAGACAUUUGGAGAUAUUCUUCAGUUGGUUAUUGUUGAGCUGAUUUAUAAGGUCUGUCAUGCCAACCCGUCUGAAAGAGCUCGUUUCAUCCGCUGUAUCUACAACUUACUUCAGUCCUCUAGCCCUGCCGUGAAGUAUGAAGCCGCCGGAACAUUGGUGACGCUCUCCAGUGCGCCUACCGCAAUCAAGGCUGCUGCCCAGUGUUACAUUGACUUAAUCAUUAAGGAGAGCGACAACAAUGUAAAGCUCAUCGUUCUGGAUCGACUGAUAGAGCUGAAAGAACAUCCUGCUCACGAGCGCGUAUUACAGGACCUAGUCAUGGACAUCCUGAGAGUACUGAGCACACCAGACCUGGAGGUACGGAAGAAGACUCUGCAGUUGGCACUGGACCUUGUCUCUUCAAGGAAUGUUGAGGAGCUGGUCAUUGUCCUAAAGAAGGAAGUGAUCAAAACAAACAAUGUGUCUGAACAUGAAGAUACUGACAAAUACAGACAGCUCCUUGUGCGGACAUUGCAUUCCUGUUCUGUCCGAUUUCCAGAUAUGGCUGGAAAUGUCAUUCCUGUGUUAAUGGAAUUUCUUAGUGACAGCAAUGAAGCAGCAGCUGCCGAUGUCUUGGAAUUUGUCCGGGAAGCCAUCCAGCGCUUUGAUAACCUGCGAAUGCUUAUUGUUGAGAAGAUGCUUGAAGUCUUUCAUGCUAUUAAGUCUGUCAAGAUUUACCGAGGAGCAUUAUGGAUCCUGGGAGAGUACUGUGGCACCAAGGGAGACAUACAGAGUGUGAUGACAGAGGUCCGCAGGUCCCUUGGAGAGAUCCCAAUUGUAGAGUCAGAAAUAAAAAAAGAAGCUGGUGAGCUAAAACCUGAAGAAGAAAUAACUGUGGGGCCAGCUCAGAAGUUGGUGACUGAGAUGGGCACGUAUGUGACUCAGAGUGCCCUGAGCAGUUCUAGACCCGCCAAGAAGGAGGAAGAAAGACCUCCACUGAGAGGAUUUCUUCUGGACGGAGAUUUCUUUGUUGCUGCCUCCCUUGCCACAACUCUGACCAAGAUUGCCUUGCGCUAUGUAGCUUUGGUUCAGGAAAAGAAAAAGCAGAAUACUUUUGUUGCCGAGGCCAUGUUACUCAUGGCCACCAUCCUGCACUUGGGGAAAUCCUCUCUUCCUAAGAAGCCCAUCACAGAGGAUGAUGUAGACCGGAUCUCCCUGUGCCUCAAGGUCCUGGCUGAGUGCUCUCCCCUGAUGAAUGACAUAUUCAAUAAGGAGUGCAGGCAGUCCCUUUCCCACAUGCUGUCUGCUAAACUUGAAGAGGAGAAACUAACCCAAAAGAAAGAAUCUGAAAAGAGGAACGUGACGGUGCAGCCCGACGACCCCAUUUCCUUCAUGCAACUGACCGCUAAGAACGAGAUGAACUGCAAGGAAGAUCAGUUUCAGCUGAGUUUGCUGGCGGCAAUGGGCAACACGCAGAGGAAAGAGGCGGCAGAUCCUCUGGCGUCUAAACUGAACAAGGUCACUCAGUUGACUGGUUUCUCAGAUCCAGUAUAUGCAGAAGCUUAUGUUCAUGUCAACCAGUAUGAUAUUGUCCUUGAUGUGCUUGUUGUCAACCAGACCAGUGACACUCUGCAGAGCUGCACCCUAGAGCUCGCUACUCUAGGUGAUCUGAAACUUGUGGAAAAGCCAUCUCCUUUGACUCUUGCCCCACAUGAUUUCGCAAAUAUUAAAGCCAAUGUCAAAGUAGCAUCGACAGAAAAUGGAAUAAUUUUUGGUAAUAUAGUUUACGAUGUCUCUGGGGCAGCGAGUGACAGAAAUUGUGUGGUCCUCAGUGACAUUCACAUUGACAUCAUGGACUACAUCCAGCCUGCAACUUGUACUGAUGCUGAAUUCCGUCAGAUGUGGGCCGAAUUCGAAUGGGAGAACAAAGUGACAGUUAACACAAAUAUAGUUGACUUGAAUGACUACUUACAGCACAUAUUGAAGUCAACCAACAUGAAAUGCCUCACUCCAGAGAAGGCACUUUCUGGCUACUGUGGCUUUAUGGCAGCCAAUCUCUACGCUCGGUCCAUAUUUGGAGAAGAUGCACUUGCAAAUGUCAGCAUUGAAAAGCCAAUUCAGCAGGGACCAGAGGCGGCUGUUACCGGCCACAUAAGAAUCCGUGCAAAAAGCCAGGGAAUGGCCUUAAGUCUGGGGGAUAAAAUAAACUUAUCUCAGAAGAAAAACAGUAUAUAAGAAUAAACAGAAAGUCCCUGCGGCUUCCUAGUUGGAAUUAGGUAUGGGCUUCCUGGACUCCAAAGUCUUUUAUACUCUCUCUCUCAUGCUUUGUGCUCUGUAGACUCUGAGUUCAUGCUGAGUGCAUUCCAGCCAGUAAUUUAUAGCCUUUCCCCUAAAUCGAGUUUGUGUUUAAAAUAAUUAGAGUUUGUCUUUUGUCUUUAUAGUUCUGAAUGCUGUCCCAAGCAUACGUUUCAAACUCACAUGUAUCAAGACCAUUUUCACAAUAAACAAAUCUGUUCCUAAAUCUUUUGUUAUUUUAUAAAUAAACAUCAUUGCGUUGUU